AUGCUUUCAAGCUCCAGGUUAAGGCACAUUGCCUUAGCGACCACUGCAUCGGUCCUUACCGGCAGUGUGCUGGCUCAGAAUGAUUCUUCCGUGAACGGCAUCGUCGUAGAUGGCACUUCAUUUGCCCUUAACGGAGAUCAUUCUUCCUAUCGCUUCCAUGUGGAUGAAUUGACUGGUGAACUCUAUUCUGACCACUUUGGUGGCUCAGCAACGGAGAGCAUAGAAAUGCUCUCUCCAGAGAUCAACGGCUGGGUAGAUAUGCUUGGUAGGGUCAGGCGAGAGUAUCCCGACCUAGGCCGCGGUGACUUUAGAGUUCCUGCGAUUCAAAUCCGCCAGUCUGAGGGAUACACUGUCAGCGAUCUCCAAUAUCGAUCCCACAGAGUUACCGCAGGAAAGCCUGGCUUACCGGGUCUCCCAUCAACCUUCGGGGCCGACAACGACGUAUCGACUCUGAUCGUUUCGCUGUACGACAACUAUAGCUCUAUUGCUGUUGAUCUGUCAUACUCCAUCUUUCCUCGAUAUGACGCCAUUGUCAGGAGCGUCAAUAUCACCAACGAGGGCCAGGGCAACAUCACGGUUGAGAAAGCUGCCAGUCUCAGUGUCGACUUACCGUUUGUAGAUCUGGAGUUGAUAGAGCUGAGGGGAGAUUGGGCUCGCGAAGCCAUGAGAGAGCGACGAAAGGUCGGCUAUGGCACGCAGGGAUUUGGAAGCACAACUGGGUAUUCGUCUCAUCUGCACAACCCAUUCCUGGCUCUUGUGUCUCCGGAUACGACCGAAUCGCAGGGUGAGGCCUGGGGAUUCUCCCUAGUCUACACCGGUUCCUUUUCUGUCGACGUCGAGAAAGGAUCCCAGGGCUUCACUCGUGCCAUGCUCGGUUUCAACCCAUACCAGCUUUCUUGGCCGCUUGGUCCGGGUGAAACUCUCACAACUCCAGAGGUUGUUGCUGUGUACUCGGAUUCCGGAAUUGGCGGCUUGUCACGGAAAUUUCACCGUCUGUAUCGCAACCACCUCAUGAGAGGUCAAUUCGUCAACCAGACUCGCCCCGCAUUGCUUAACAGCUGGGAGGGUCUCUAUUUCGAUUACAACGAGAGUACGGUCUUUGAUCUAGCUCAGGAAGCUGCGCAGCUCGGAAUCAAGCUCUUCGUGCUAGACGAUGGCUGGUUCGGCGAAGAAUAUCCUCGUCUGAAUGACACUGCAGGUCUUGGCGACUGGAAGGUCAACCCAGACCGCUUUCCCGAUGGCCUACCCGCUGUGGUCGAUAGAAUCACUAACCUUCAGCCCGCAAAUUCUUCAGAAAAAUUGCUUUUCGGGCUCUGGUUUGAACCGGAAAUGGUCAAUCCCAACUCGACUCUCUAUCAUGAGCACCCUGACUGGGUUCUCCACGCAGGCAACUAUCCACGAACGAUUAGGAGGAACCAGCUCGUGCUCAACGUGGCGCUUCCAGAAGUCCAGGAGUUCAUCAUAGAAUCAGUCUCGCAGAUUCUCUCGAGCGCUUCAAUUUCUUACGUUAAAUGGGAUAACAACAGAGGGUUUCACGAAACUCCUGUUCCUGGUAUCAGCCACGCUUAUAUGCUGGGCAUGUACCACGUCUUCGAGGUCCUCACAUCCCGAUUUCCGGACGUCCUCUGGGAGGGUUGCGCAUCUGGUGGAGGCCGUUUUGAUCCCGGCGUUCUCCACUACUUUCCUCAAAUUUGGACAUCAGACAACACGGACGCUCUGGACCGUCUUUUCAUCCAGUUCGGGACGUCGUUGGCUUAUCCGCCAUCAGCCAUGGGGGCUCACGUCUCGACUGUGCCUAAUCAUAUCACGGGCCGUACAAUCCCUAUGAAGUUCCGCGCACAUGUUGCCAUGAUGGGUGGAUCUUUUGGUCUCGAGCUGAACCCCGCUGAGAUCACCGAGGAGGACAAGGUGCAGAUUCCGGAGCUGCUGGCUCUCGGCGAGUUGGUCAACCCUAUUGUCAUCCAAGGUGACCUCUGGCGCUUGAAUCUGCCGGGCGAGUCGAACUGGCCGGCAGCCAUGAUCAUUUCCGAGGACGGAUCGCAGGCCGUUCUCUUCUACUUCCAGGUUCGCGCCCUGUACAACCAUGCCUUGCCGCGACUCCGCCUACAAGGUUUGGAUCCAACAGCAACCUACAAAUUGGAUAAUGGAACCUACUCUGGCGCGACCUUGAUGAAUACUGGUGUGCAGUACGCAUUUGAAGGGGAUUACGACAGUCGUGUAGUGCUAAUCGAGAGAAUUUGA